UAAAAAACAAAAGAAGCAGAAGCAGCUUCUUGAGAUUGACAAGGAGAUCCUUUCCCUAUCCCUCUCCCUCUUCCACUCUCUGAAAAUAAUUAAAAAAAUUCACCAUAACAAUACAAUAAAAUACCAUCUUCAAUUCAUACAUAACAUAAAUUAAAACCCUUUUUAAGAGAAUUCACCUUCUCUUUCUCUUGCUUUUUUUAUCUUCUAUUUUUUUUUUUUUUUUUUUUUGCUUUUCAUUUCAUUUAUUUUGGAACUGUAAUCGCUAGAGCUAUAGCUACAAGAAGCUGAGCUUAGACAACUCCUAUCCUAUGCUCGGGGACCCGUCAGUAUCCGGCGAUGUUGCCACCAUCACCAACACCACCACAGGCACAGGCACAGCCGCAGCCACGGCCACGAGAGAAGAUUCUCAUGAAGCUGCUAAUAAUAUUGUUGGCUCAAAUUCAGGCGAAGAAGAUAAGAGUAGAGUUAAUCUUCUUGAUGAAAGUGACCGAAGUUUCGGUGGAAACCGGUGGCCGAGACAAGAGACUGUUGCACUUCUUAAAAUAAGGUCAGACAUGGACGUCGCCUUUCGAGAUGCCAGUGUUAAAGGUCCAUUGUGGGAAGAGGUUUCCAGGAAGCUAGCCGAGCUUGGUUAUAAUCGAAGUGCCAAGAAAUGCAAAGAGAAAUUUGAGAAUGUCUUCAAGUAUCACAAGAGAACCAAAGAUGGCCGAACCAGUAAAUCUCAGGGUAAAACGUAUAGAUUUUUUGAUCAAUUAGAGGCUUUCGAACAUCAUCAAGCUCCUUCAUUGCCGUCACCGACACCGCCACCACCGCAGCCACCAAAGUCUCAGCCAGUUCCGGCAGUGGCUGCAGCAUUUUCAGCGUCAAUGCCGGCGUCUCAUAACAUCACUAUCACUUCUACUGUUCCAUCAACAACGACAACAAAUAUCGCUCAAAACAUUGUCACAAUACCAGCAACAAGCCUGGCAAUUCCUUCUUUUCCUUCUACAAAUUUACCUUCGGUACAAGUAACAAACCCUGUGAAUUAUUCUUCUUUUCAGAAUAUUUCCGCAGAUCUACUGUCGAAUUCGACGUCGUCGUCGACUUCUUCGGACCUGGAAUUCGGAGCGCGAAGGAAAAGAAAAAGAAAAUGGAGGGACUUCUUUGGGAGGUUGAUGAAGGAGGUGGUGAACAAGCAAGAAGAGUUGCAGAAGAAAUUCUUGGAAGCGAUAGAGAAACGUGAGCACGAAAGAAUGGUCAGAGAAGAAGCUUGGAGAAUGCAAGAAAUGACAAGAAUUAAUAGAGAGCGAGAAAUUUUAGCUCAAGAAAGAUCAAUAGCUGCAGCUAAAGAUGCAGCAGUGAUGGCUUUCUUGCAAAAAUUAUCCGAUCAGCAAAACCCCAUUGCUGGGCAAGUACAAAAUAUAAAUAUUCCUCCCGUAAUACAAAUAUCUCAGCCACUAAUGGCAGCAGCGCCGCCACCAGCAGCAGUACCAGCUCCGCCACAGCUAGUAUCAUUGUCUCCAGCACUGCAGCCACUACCAUCGGCAACAUCAGGACCACUGGCACAGGCACCUACACGACAGGUAUUAAAUUUAGAGAUGUCAAAUGGGUCAAAUGGGGACCAGAAUUCCAUGGCAAUAAGCUCUUCAAGAUGGCCAAAAGUUGAGGUUCAAGCAUUGAUUAGUCUAAGGACUAAUCUCGACUCUAAGUAUCAAGAAAAUGGACCUAAAGGGCCAUUAUGGGAAGAAAUCUCAGCAGGGAUGAGAAAGCUAGGUUACAAUCGCAGUGCCAAAAGAUGCAAAGAGAAAUGGGAGAAUAUAAACAAGUACUUCAAGAAAGUGAAAGAAAGUAACAAGAAAAGGCCUGAAGACUCCAAAACCUGUCCAUAUUUUGAGCAACUUGAUGCUUUAUAUAAAGAAAAGAACAAAUUCGAUAGCUCUUCGAAACAAAUCAAGCCCGAAAACACAGUGCCAUUAAUGGUAAGACCGGAGCAGCAAUGGCCGCCUCAGCCUGAUCAACUUAGACACCAAGAUUCCGCCAUGGACGACAUUGAGAGUGAUCAAAAUGGAGAAGAAGACGACAAAGAUAUGGGAGAUGAUGAUGAAGAAGAUGAUGGGGGUGGCUUUGAAAUUGUACCAAACAGACAAGUUUCAGCUGUGGAUGCAGCAGAGAGUUAAUCCUAGUAGUGUCGGGUUUGCGGCGGCGGCAGCGGUGGUGGUGGUGUUGAAAUUUGGAUUUAAUUAUGGGGAGUGGGGGCAUGCACAUGGGGCUGUAACAUAUAGUCAGUGGGGAUUAUAUGUUUAUUAUUAAUUAUUUUUAUAAUUUAUUUAUUUUUUUUGGCUAAAUAAAUAAGUUGAGAGAGAGAGAGAGAGAGGUUCCACAGAACAAAUAAAGAAGAGACUAAUGUUUUGAUUGUAAUUUUUUUCUUUUUAUUU